AUGGCUAGCAGUAAUGCAUAUCAAUUUGUUACACUUAAAGAAAAAGAUGUACCUGGAGCUCAAUUAAUUUAUCCAGAAGUAGAAAACCAUUCCAAUGUGCAAUUAAAAAGAUGGCUAUUAUGUAGAGGUCUUACAACAACUGGAAACAAAUCAAUUUCAGUUGCAAGCUCAACCGAUCUCCCAAAUCACUUCAAUGAAGGGCAUAUCCAUCAUUACAUCAUUGAGAGUGUUCAGUUUGUAGGACAAAAACAGACCUCAAAAGAAGAAGACGAAUGCGAUAUUGAGGACCUUCACACAUCAAAAUCACUACAAAAAGGGAGGCAAUACUUUAAAAGUGGACAUGAUUGUAAAACUGAAAAUUUCUAUUUUCUUAAAUCAACAGUUAUGGCAUCCUAUAGAAUUGACACUUUUAUAAUGUAACUGUAACAGUGUCAUCGGCCACAGGAUUUGUGAAAGAUGCAUCUUGUAACUGUGUAGGUUCGUCCAUGGGGAGAUGUAGUCAUGUAGCAGCAGUUUUAUUCGCACUUUUAGACUAUACACAGCAGUUUGGUACAGAUCAAGCUUCUUGCACAUCCAGAAGGUUCGAAUAAAACAUAGGAAGAAAGUAAAAGAAAGACCCAAAAAAGGUGACUGAAUCUA